UUUGCGCGUAUUUAGUUGGUCAUGCGCACGUUAUCUCAGUGUUUAAUCGUUCCGCUGAUAAUAAUAAUAUAAUAGCUACUAUAAGUUAUAACAUAAUAUUAUUUUUUAUUGUAACUUUCGCAAUUUCGAUCAAGAUUUUAAAUAUUAUCGAGACUCAAGAGAAUUAUGAAACUGGUGUGAUGUGUGAACGCAGUUUCGACAUUUUAAGUAAACAUGAAUGUGUCAAAGAGUAUCAAAAACAUAGAAAAUAAAGAGGUAUCAGAAAUUUACAAGUAAGAAAAAACAAUGCAUUACAAUACUUAAAUAGUUGAUACAAAAUUAAAAAAUAGAGAAUACUUUUUUAUUAUUGAUUCAAUAAAAGAUGUAAGGACAGUAUUCUUAAGCUGAUAUUUUUAUAUGGCGUUAGAAGUGAUCACACUAAAAAAUCAUUAGAACUAGAAGAACUAUUAGAAGAAAGAAUAAGCUAUCUUGAUAAAAAUUAUAAAUUACUGGCUGAUGUUAAUCUUACAUUCAGUUUGCUAAACAUGGAAGGUAAACCUAGUUCCAAAUUGAGAUGUCCAAAAGAUUGUUAUGAUUCUGUAUUAUUACAAAGUGAUGCUCAAUGUCACCCUCAAAGAUUAAAACAGUAUCAUAAAAAAUUAUCUACUACUCUUAUCACAGAUAAAGAUAAUGCACAAAUUUUAGAAAAAAUAUCAAUUUGGGAAAAUAAAGUUAAUUUUAAUGAAGUGUUUCAUCAAUAUAUCAGUUCAAUGUGGGAGCUACCAGAAAUAGGUAAUUUUGUGGCUAUUUUAUUUAAAAAACUUGAUCUUGAUAUUGUUAACCAAGGCGAAAUUGAAAAUAUGUUUUUAAUGCCUAAAGAAUCUACAACUAUGGCUAAAAUCAUGACAACUCUUUUGAUGCCAGUCAAAAAAACAAAGUCUAUUGAUCAAGUCAUGCCAUAUAAAGUUUGGUCUGAAAAACUUUCAAAGAAAGUAUCAGACUGGUGUAAAGUAUACCAUACAAAAAAACAAAAUAAAGUCAUCGUAAUGAAUUCUCUGGGUAUCCAUCCAGAUUUUUGGUUGGUCGUGAAUGAAAAGAAUCCUUUAAUUGAAAAAGACUACAGUGAACUUUCAUAUUUCAUAAAAGUUUGGCUUGUAAAAGGACUUUGUGAUUAUGUUACCAUUAAAUUUAAAACUAUAAAUGAUAUUAUAACCAAUUGUAAUGAAAGGCAAUGUACAAUAUGGAAGAAUGAUUUGGAAACUGAGGAAUAUUUCUUUUUCAAUUCAAUGCCCGAUUUAAGGAUAUAUUAUUAUAACAUUCCAUAUGAUGAACCAUGUCUUGAAUUUCUCGAAUCAGUAAAAACCGUUAAACAAGUAGUACAAUUUGAAGAUAAUCUAACUUUGAAUCGUUUUUCUAAGGAUUCUCAUACAGUACCAAAAAAAAACAUUUUUAAGCUUAUUGCUGAUUCGGUAGAAGGUCUUCGAUCUUUUGUUCGUGAAUUGGAUUUGAAAGGAACUUCAGUUCCUGAAAAUUUGAUAAGCUCUCUAGAAAAUUUAAUUGUGAAAAUUGAAUUGGAAGAAAAUAAUUACAUUGCCAUGAACAAUGAUUCUAAAAUAAAAUUAUUUAAGGACUGGGUAUCAUAUCCAGGUAGAAUUCAGAAGAAUAAAGAUAAUAUGUCACGUUGGGCAGAGAAAGAUUUAAAGGCAAUAGUUCAAGCUAAAAAUGAAGAAUUAAUUAUUGUUGAGAAACGCCAGAGAAAAUUAAGAGUACAUCAAAAUUUUGAUAUAUUUUAUUCUGACGAAUAUGUUAGUGAAAAUGAUAAAUUUUUAUCUGAUUUUACUGAUUCUGAAGAUGAAUGGGGCGCUAUGAAUCAGCCCAAAAAUAAAGUCAAACAACCACAGCAGACCCCUUCUAAAGCUUUUCUCGAACUAGAAAAGCGAGCCUUAGAAGCAGAGAAAAUGCUUAAAUAUAGUACUAAUCAAAAUGAUGAAAAGCAGUUAAGAGAUGAAGUUAGAAGUGUAAAACAUAGUACAAAUGAAGUAUGUAAGACUAAUAUGAAAAAUAAAUCGAUCAAAUCAGUUAAAUUACUUAAAACUCAAAAUGAAGUAAAAAGUGGUGAUGCUACUAAUACAAUAGUAAACAGUCAUAAUCAAGUCAAACAACUUCAGCAUACCCCCUCUAAAUGUAUUAAACUAGAAAAGCAAUUAAGGGAAGAAGAUACAACUUUAAUAAAGGGGUCAAACAAAAUGUUCAAGACUAAUAAGAUAGAUAAAUCUAUCAAAUCAGUUAAAUUACUUAAAACUCAAAAUGAAGUAAAAAGUGGUGAUACUACUAAUACAAUAGUAAACAGUCAUUAUCAAGUCAAUCAACUUCAACAUACCCCUUCUAAAUAUAUUAAACUAGAAAAGCGAUCAAGGGAAGAAGAUACAUAUUUACUACACGGCCCAAAUAAAAUGUUCAAGACUAAUAGGAUAGAUAAAUCUAUCAAAUCAGUUAAAUUACUUAAAACUCAAAAUGAAGUAAAAAGUGGUAAUACUACUAAUACAUUUGUUAAUGUCGAUAAACAAAGAUUGGUUCGUACUAAAAAUAAAGAUAAUGUUUGCAGUUAUGAUGAAGUUGUAUUAAUUGAUAGUGAUAAAGAAGAAAACCAAAAAUCUCCUGGUGGUGUAAGUCAAGUAGAAGUUAUAACUUUAGAUGAAGAUAUGCAAAAUGAUUGUGAAGUUUUUGAUGGUAAUUUUAAAUCGUUAAUCUCUAAUCGCAUCGACAAUAAAAAUAGAAAAACCAAUGAACAAAAUAACAAAUAUACUAAACGAACAGAAUCUGCCGUUAUUCCAAUAAAAGAUGAUGAUCAAAUUAUUAUUAUUGAUCAUAAAAAUGAUGUUCAACUUUUAUCAAUGACUGGAAAACCAGUGUGUUCACCUUUAAAAACUAGUAAACCUUUAAGUUUAAAAACUAAUUCAAAUAAAUCAUACAACUCUGUUUCUGUAAACAGACAAAUAACUCCUACCAAUUAUUUUAAAGUUCAAGAAACAUCUUCUAUGAUACAUAAACUUUCACAAAACGUUACUAUUAUGCCAGCAAAUGUUAAUAUACCAAAAGGUAUUGUUGUUACUAUGGUUAAAACACCACAGAUAGACUCCAAUUUUCAUUCAAAUAAAUUUAAGUCAACCACUUCAAAUGGUCAUUUACCAAAUAACUCUUCAACAAUUAAUGUGAAAUGUGAACUUAUUUCAAAACCAAAUGUAAAUGAAGAAGUUAAGUUUUAUGUUAAACUACCCAAUGGUACAGAACGUCCUAUUUCUAACGAGAUUAUCAAUCAAUACCUUAAACAGCACAACAACCAGUUACCUGAUUUUUGGUUGGUACCUUUAGCAGCAGAAGAUGUCAAACAAUAUGGUGUUAACUAAAAAAAAUCAAUUAUCUUAAUCUAAGAUAAAAUCCUUAUUUUUAUGAUCCCUGUAUAUUUAUUUUUAGGAUUUUUACAGUAAAUUU